AGUUUUAAUUCUCCUCACCAACCUCUAAAAAUCCCAAAGAUGGAAAAUUAGAUCCAAAAAUUCCCAAACAAAUCUCAGCCGUUGAAAUCAACACUUUCAAACCUAUUUAUACUCCUCCCCUCACUCCCUCACCUCCUCGCUUCGCCCCUUUUCUUCUCCUUCCAUUACUCUGUAGUCUGUAGCUUGUAGUUUGUACUCCUCUUCCUUAUCGAGUAGUUGUUUCUCCAUCUGUAUAACAAAAUAGAGUGUGAAAGAGAGCAAAAAAGACCCAAAACAAUGGCAGCUUCAUUGUCAGUGGAGAAAACAACCUCAGGAAGGGAGUACAAAGUUAAAGAUUUGUCACAGGCUGACUUUGGUAGGCUUGAAAUCGAGCUUGCUGAAGUUGAAAUGCCUGGAUUAAUGGCUUGUCGUACUGAAUUUGGCCCUUCUCAACCCUUUAAAGGUGCUAAGAUUACUGGAUCUCUUCAUAUGACUAUUCAAACGGCUGUUCUUAUUGAGACUCUUACUGCUCUUGGUGCCGAAGUUCGUUGGUGUUCUUGUAAUAUCUUCUCUACUCAGGACCAUGCUGCUGCUGCUAUUGCUCGGGACAGUGCGGCAGUCUUUGCCUGGAAGGGUGAGACCCUUCAAGAGUAUUGGUGGUGCACAGAGAGGGCUCUUGACUGGGGUCCUGGUGGUGGUCCUGACCUUAUCGUUGAUGAUGGUGGUGAUGCCACCUUGUUGAUCCACGAGGGAGUCAAGGCUGAGGAGGAGUAUGAGAAGACCGGUAAGGUUCCCGACCCUAACUCCACCGAUAACGUUGAGUUCCAGCUUGUCUUGGGUUUGAUCCGCGACAGCUUGAAGGUCGACCCAAAGAGGUACCACAAGAUGAAGGAAAGACUGGUUGGUGUCUCCGAGGAGACCACCACCGGUGUUAAGAGGCUUUACCAGAUGCAGGCUAAUGGCACCUUGCUUUUCCCUGCCAUCAAUGUUAAUGACUCCGUCACCAAGAGCAAGUUCGACAACUUGUACGGAUGCCGCCACUCUCUUCCCGAUGGUUUGAUGAGAGCCACAGAUGUUAUGAUUGCUGGAAAGGUCGGUGUUGUUUGUGGGUAUGGAGAUGUUGGAAAGGGUUGUGCUCUUGCCUUGAAGGCUGCUGGUGCUCGUGUGAUUGUGACUGAGAUUGACCCAAUCUGUGCUCUUCAAGCUCUUAUGGAAGGUUUCCAAGUCUUGACCUUGGAAGACGUUGUCUCCGAGGCUGACAUUUUCGUCACCACCACCGGUAACAAGGACAUCAUCAUGGUUGACCACAUGAAGAAGAUGAAGAACAACGCCAUUGUUUGCAACAUUGGUCACUUUGACAAUGAAAUCGACAUGGCAGGUCUUGAGAACUACCCGGGAGUCAAGAGGAUCACCAUCAAGCCUCAAACUGACCGAUUUGUCUUCCCUGAGACCAACACUGGAAUCAUUGUCUUGGCCGAGGGUCGUCUCAUGAACUUGGGUUGUGCAACUGGUCACCCUAGCUUUGUCAUGUCUUGCUCAUUCACCAACCAAGUCAUUGCUCAGCUUGAGUUGUGGAAUGAGAAAGCAUCCGGCAAAUAUAAAAAGGAGGUCUAUGUGUUGCCUAAGCACCUCGAUGAGAAGGUUGCUGCCCUUCACCUUGGCAAGCUUGGUGCUAAGCUCACCAAGCUCUCUAAAGAUCAAGCUGACUACAUCAGUGUACCAGUUGAGGGUCCAUACAAGCCAGCUCACUAUAGGUAUUAGAGCAGGAACGUGAAGAUUGUGACUUAUCGGACAUUCUGAGAGGAAAGGGACCCUGUUCCUAAUAUCAUAAUUUUCCCCUAGGGUGUUCAUGUUUUUUUCUUCGUUGGGUGGGUCAGAAAGAUUGGAAGGACAAGCAAAGUAUCAAUGUGUUUUGAAUUAUGUCUGAAUCAGGCUUGAAUAAGGCAAUGUUUAAAUCUUUAGGCUUUAUGUUUGUAAUCGCUCGCCCGACUUGCUUGCUGUUAUUUAGCAUUGUAGUUGGUCUUGCUAUAGUUUUUCUGUUAAUGAAGAGAAUGAGUUGUCAUUUCUGUUGCGAAAA